AUGCCAGGGCUCCCACCUCCCGCACCAGCGUCAAGGGCUGAUCGCCCUGAUACGGCUGCAGUGGGGGUUGGCGAAGCCAGGGAGGAGGAGCACGAAGCUGCCAGUUCGAAGGCGGCACAGAAGGUGGCGACAGGCCCUUCCGAUGAGCAGCUGAAAAAAUCCGAAGAGAACUCAAAAGCACGAGAUGAGAAAGAGGGAGAACCCUCUGCGGACCAAGUUUCAAAGAAAAAAACCAAGAAGGCAUCGGCGGAUUCGGACGGCGAAUCUAAGCCAAGAAAGUCACCAAAGGAAGAUUCUGAAGGCAUAAAAAAGAAAAAGAAAAAGAAAAAGAAAGCUGAGGCAUCCGGUGAGAAGUCCGCCGAACAGUCCGAUGUGGAAAGUGGUGUCAUGCACAACGAUGUCGAUGAGACUACUGCAGCGGCCGAUGCGACCUCUUCUUGGGGAUUCGGAUUCUUCGGAAAUAGCGAAGGAAAUGAUGCAUCUAAAAAGGAUGCCACUGAAAAGGAAGCAUCGCCCUCUGCGCCUCGUCCCUCCCUUCUCGGACUAAUUGUCGGCGCGGACCCUGUUGAGGAGGCCCCCAAGGGAAACGAAGUCCCCCCAUUGAAACUCUCUACUGUGGAUGGUGCUGAUGACCAGAGUGACAGUUCCUCGAGCGAAGACGGCGAGACAGACGGAGGCAUCACCAGCACAAUAGCGGGCUUCUUCUGGGGGAUAUAA